UCGCAAGUGAUUGCAGCGAUAGAAGCUUGGCCCAUGCAGAGGUGAGCCCGCAGCUAAUAUUAAACUUGGUUUCUAUUAUUGACGAUAGGACUAGGAGGAAGGGAUCGAGGUUUGAAGAGGUGUUUUUGAUUGAAGCAACAGAGUCAAAAUGGGAAGCAUAGCUCUGUUACUGCUCAAAGUACCAUCACCACCAAGGCAUCACUCAUUUUUCAACAACAGAAAAUUGAGCUCUGUUUCAGAGCUGCUCACUCAUUACAAUAGUUUUAAGACUCGAAAAUGCUCAACAAAAGCAACACAUGGGUCCUCUCUUCAACCCCCAGAUGUGUGUCGUUUGGCUGAAACUGCUCGAAUUUCAAUCACCCCAAAUGAGGUUGAAGAAUUCACCCCCAAAAUUCGACAAGUGAUUGACUGGUUUGGACAACUUCAAGCAGUUGAUCUUAAUAGUGUUGAGCCUGCAAUCAGAGCAGAGACAAAAGGUGAGAACUUGCGUGAUGAUAUUCCUCAAGCAUAUGGGAAUAGGGAAGCUGCGGUUGCUGCUAUUCCAAGCUAUGAAGAGCCUUAUAUCAAAGUUCCCAAAGUUUUGAACAAGGAAUAAAUGCACUCUUUAGAUAAACUUGCUUCUUUCUUUAUGUAUGCAACUUCAGCUAAGUUGUAGACAUUGUUGUCAAUUCCCUGCAUGUUAUUCAUGGUUCAAUUUGUCUAAAUAAGUGGAUUUGGGCAUGCUCUCAUAUAGUAAUAAAUUUCUUUCCACUGUUUA